CGUGUGUUCCUGUUGACUGCAAGUACACGUCAGCAGUAGAGACCUCCUCAUUCUCUCAGCACUUUCUCUUCCUGCUUCCAACUUUGUUGCACAUGACACUUUAUGAAGAACGCUGUCUGUGUUUCACCUGAAAAUGCCCGGAUUAUGUCCACACUUGACGUAUAACAGCAGCGUAUGACCCAGAGCGUUUGAUUUCCAUGGUGCUUUGACUUUGAAAAUGAGAUUCAGGUUGUUGAAGAAGAACUUUAUUGCGUUCCUUCUUAUAGUUAUUGUGUUUGUAAUAUUGUUUUACUCCAUACGACGGACUAAUGGUAAUGCAAACGUGGAGGUGAUUGAAAAAGAGACCUCACAGACUGCUGUAAUGGUUAAAUUUGACUACGGGACCAUUGAGAAUAUGAGGAAGUCCGUCUAUGACAGCAACUACCGGCAGUACAUACAAAACGGAGACAAGUUUCCACUGGAUCCUGAGGUGGUUGUCGUCGUGCAAGUCCACAACCGUCCGGCGUACCUCAAAAUGCUCAUACAGUCAUUGGAAAAAGCCACUGGAAUACAAAACACGCUGGUGAUAUUCAGUCACGAUUUCUUCUCGGAGGAAAUUUCUGAUAUGGUGAAGGGAAUCACCUUUUGCAGGGUCCUCCAGAUCUAUUUCCCCUACAGCGUCCAGCUGUAUCCCAAUGAAUUCCCUGGACAGGAUCCUAAAGAUUGUCCGAGAGACAUAUCGAAGGAGGACGCCAUAAAAAAGGGCUGCUUGAACGCAGAGCAUCCGGAUUCGUACGGACACUACAGGGAAGCGUCCAUCACCCAAACCAAACACCACUGGUGGUGGAAGCUGCAUUUCGUGUUCGAGCGAGUGAAGGUUCUUCGAGGUUACAACGGCUACAUCGUGUUCAUCGAGGAAGACAACUACCUUCUUCCAGACUUCCACGAAUACUUCAAAUCCAUGACCGAGCUCAGGAAAACCAAAUGCGGGGAUUGCGACGUCCUUGCCGUAGGCAACCACAACGGUUUAUCAGGCUUUCACGAGCUUUCCAGCAAAACAGAGACGUCGGGAUGGCUGUCCACUAAGCAUAAUAUAGGUAUGGGCAUUUCCAGAGAGCUGUACUACAAACUAAUGGGAUGCAAUAAAGCGUUCUGCGCCUAUGAUGAUUAUAACUGGGACUGGACCUUGCAGAACUUGUCUGGUACAUGCAUCUCCAAACCUCUCAAGGUUCUGGUGGCUCUUGGAAGUCGGGUCCUUCACACAGGAGAUUGCGGCCUGCAUCAGAAAGAGGAUUGCCGGCCGGAAAUGGCUCAGGAGAGGGUGGAUGCAGCGCUCAGAGAGGCGCAAUCGGCACUUUUCCCUCCUGUUUUGACCUUGACGGAUCACGGGCCGGUGGAGCAUCAGCCUCACAUGAAGAACGGAGGAUGGGGAGAUGUUCGCGACCACACGCUGUGCAUCAACUACGCAGUUCGGCUAUGAGCCGGACGCUUUCGCUUAUGAGCGUUAAAGUGCCAUUUGAAAUAUCAGGGUUACAUAUUGCAGGUUAAAGGUUUUGCUUUCACCAAAAAUAAGGAAAUUUGUGACCCUGGACAACAAAACCAGACAUAAAUCGCACGUGUAUUUUUGUAGCAGUACAUUGUAUGGGUCAAAAUUAUACAUUUUUCUUUUAUGCCAUGUUCCAUGAAGAUAUUUUGUACAUUUUCUACCGUAAAUACAUCAAAACUUUUUGAUUAGUAAUAUGCAUUGCUAAAAACUUCAUUUGGACAACUUUAAAGGUGAUUUUCUCAUAUAUUUGGAUUUUUUUUUGCACCCUCAGAUCACAGAUUUUCAAAUCGUUGUGUCUUGACGAAAUAGCUUUCAGAUGAUGCAUAAAUCUCAGUUUAAAAAAAUUGACCCUUAUGACUGGUUUUGUGGUCCAGGGUCACAUAUGAGCUACAAUGGUGUGCAUUUUAUGCAAAAUGUGGAUACGUCUCACAAAACAGGUUGCAUUUUCACAACAAAAUCAAAAAACAACAUAUGCUCAUUAUAGUAUAAUAUAAUGUGGAUUUUUGUAAUUUCCACAUAAAAAAAAGUUUUUUUUUUUUUUUUUUGAAAUUGUAAAUAAAACAGAUGAUGUGUUACAAGAAAAUAAUAUUUCAGUUUUCAUGGAAAUUUCAUGUAUAAUUCAGUGUGUUAUUUGCAUUUCUUUGUAAUUAUUUGUGAAAUUUACUAGUAAUUUCUGAGUGAAAAUUGUGUCUGUAUGAUUUACAGUUUUCACCCAGAAGAUUGCUUGUAAAUUUCACAAAUAUUACAAAGAGUCAAAAAUUAAA